AUGGCCGAGGGCAGCAUCAAGGCGCGCAUCGCCGCCCUCAAUCUUGAAGAAGUCCACGCCCCGGCGCCUAGUGCGAAGCCUGCGUAUACCUACGAGCCAGUCGCGGGGAAGAAGAAGGCUCCUCCACCUCCACCUCCACCAAACCAGCGCCCGCCGGCCUAUGAGCGCAACAAGAGCACCAAUAACCCGCCCCUCUUGAGCAAUGCGCCCACAACUGCGAGGCAGCUGGGCAACCAGCCCAUAGCCGUAGAGAGUCAGAGUCCCCGGCCAUCCCCGACUUUACCUCCUCGCCCGCCUCCGCGCAGCAACACGACCAGCAAUGCGACCCCACGGCAGACGCCUACGCUGCCCCCGCGACGACCCUCGGACAAUCGCAGCUUGAACCGCCGGGAGUCGACCGAGUCUAUAGCUACAGUCGCAUCGGGCAUAUCAACACUUUCGCUGGGUUCCAAUAAGACUGGGACAAGCAAUGGCAAUGGCAAUGGCAAUGGGACGCUCUACCAGGUUCGCGCUCCGGCGUAUGAUCCCUCCAAGCUGCCGCCACUGCCGCCAAAGAGACCAACAGAAGAGAAGAGCGCGACAAGGAAUGCCAUGAAGAGCAAGAGGGACUACGUGCCUAGCCACACGUUACCGCCCAAUCUCUCCAGGACGCCAGAACUGCCUGCGAGGCCAUCACUACCACCCAGACAGUCGACCGUCCAAGACCGUUCACCUGAACGACCGCCCCUGCCAGGACGACCUCCAACGAACUCUGCAGCCCCAGCGAGAACGACCAGGGUGAUUGCACCACCGCCACGGAAGUCUGCGCUGGACAUGGGCUUCAAUAACAAGGCAACCGAACCGCCGCCUGUUCCACAGAACCGGCCCUCAUUCAAUUCAGCCCCUGAUACUUCUGCGGGUGCUCCUCCGCCCGUGCCUCUAUCUUCAAGACCCAACCUCGACGCUAUUAUGGCCUCGAAACCGAAACCUGGUGCUGUUGGAUCGUGUCUGAUAUGUCGAGACUUUUCCGGUCCCGAUCAACAUGCUGCGCGCUACCCUCGAGAGCACCUACCUUCCUCCGACGUCGGCUAUCUAGCCCACCAACUUUGCUCUCCUUUCUCUUCGCCAACAGACAAGGCACGAGCCAUCUUUGUUUGGCUUCAUCAUAACGUUGACUACGAUGUACAUUCUUUCUUCAAUGGCACUAUUUCACCAACUACUCCCGAAAAGACCAUCACAAACGGUCUCGCUGUUUGUGAGGGCUAUGCGGGCUUGUUCGCUGCUUUAGCGCUCAAGGCAGGUUUGCAAGCCUUGGUGGUUUCCGGAGACGGCAAGGGCUUCGGACAUACACCACUGGAACCCGGCCAACCAGUACCGGCUUUCUCAUCGAACCACGCGUGGAACGCGGUAUGCAUUGAUAAUGGCGAAUGGAAAUUGAUCGACCCAUGUUGGGGCGCAGGACACAUCGGAUGUCCUAACAAAAACGAAGGCUACGUCCGGAAAUUCACGCCUUCGCAGUUUACAAUGUCCAACGACGACUUCGGCACCAAACAUUUCCCCUCUGACAACUCGCACCAAUUCCGCAACGACGGCCGCAUCCUCACCUACGAAGAAUUCAAGCGCGACGACAUGGGCGGCCGCGUGCAAGUCAUGUCGGGCUGCGACACGGACCACGGCGUCGGCGAACGCACCAUCCAACCCCAGCAACUGACCAUCAAGAUCCGCGAUCCCGCUGGCCCGCCCGUCAUCCGCUUCCAGUUCUCCACGCUCUGCGCACACUGGGACCACCAGCGCCACGGGCAGGGUCUGCCGUAUGUCAUGCUACUUAGUGUUGCUGGGAGGGAUGGGAGGAAUACGAAGUACUUGCCGUUUAACACGGAUGGUAGGACGUGGUGGCUUGAUGUUGAGAGGGUGGAACUCGGAGCGCCCGGGCAGAAGAUUAGCGUUAAUGCGGUGACGGAGUUUUGCGGGAAGAGUGGACGGGGAUUGAGUUACCAGGCGUGGAGGGAUAAGAAGGCGUAUAGUUGCCAGUUUGGGGUGCUGUGUAUGUGGGAAUUGGUUUGA